GAACACACAACCGAACUGCUAUAGUGACCAGAAAUACACCAGAGUGGGAAAAAACCAAACUCAUCUGAAGUCAGAGACGCCUGAAUCAUCUGAGAACCUUGCUGGAAUCACCCAAUGGAUCCAGCACUGGCAGAGCAUUGUGCUCGUCUUCUCAGGCAACUAGAGAAGAUGAGAGCUGCUGAGGAGCUCACUGAUGUAGUUCUGCUAGCUGAUGGGAUUCCUUUUUCUUGCCACAAGGUGGUGUUGUCUGCAUUCAGCCCUUACUUUCAGGCCAUGUUUACAUGUGGUUUGAAAGAAACGAGGGGGGGUGAGGUACCCCUGAGAGACACUCCUGCUCACAGCCUGGGGCUUCUCCUUGGUUACAUGUACCGUGCAGAGCUCCCCCUGUCCAACGACAACAUCCAGGCAGUGUCUGCUGCUGCCUUCCUUCUCCAUAUAGAUGGAGCCUUCAGGUUGUGUCAAAACCACAUGGAGGCCAGUAUGGACGUUUCCAACUGUGUUGGUUUGUACCACUGGGCCAGAGACCUGGGGGCCACUGGUUUAGCUGACUGUGCUUUUCGAUACCUCUGCCAACACUUUGCACAGGUUUGUGAGGAGGAAGAAAUCCUCGAGCUGGAUGCUGACAGACUGGCGGAUCUGCUAGCUUCAGACGACCUUAACAUUUCCCAGGAGGAGGUGGUGCUGGAACUAGUGUUGCGUUGGGUGGAGAGGCGGUGUGGGGACUUGCGGAGUGAAGCUCAGGCUGUGGAGUUACUCAGGCAUGUCCGCCUGGAGCUUGUGGACCCUGUGGUGCUACGGAGAGCCAGGAGAAGAAACCCGGUUUUGCUGCAGGACUUUGAGUGCAUUGCAAUGAUCGAUGCUACCCUCCAGACUUCAGGUCUCUGUGAGGCUCCAACUCCACCUCGACCAGCCCUUCGUUAUGGGAUGGAGACCACUGACAUCCUGCUCUGCCUGGGAGGGGUGGACAAAGAUGGAGUGCCUGCACGACGUGGUGGCUUCGCCGAUCUCAGCUUUUGCUUUGCCCCCAAUGGCAGAAAAACUUACUACAUACCUUCUCCCCUUAAAGGCUGUGGAGGUUUUGGUCAGAUCACAGCAGGGGUUGUGACACGUGACAACAGCAUAGUUGUUGCAGUGGAGGCGCAGGGCCAAAACAGGGUGAAGAGAAUGGAUAUCUUUAGAUAUGAUCCUGCAGAGGAGUCCUGCUGGGUGGAGCUUUGCUCACCAGCACACAGAGACAUGUUUGCUUUAGGGAUGCUGGGCGACACCCUCUACAUGAUAGGUGGCCAGAUGAAAGUGCACCAUCAUUACAUCAUCACAGACAGUGUGAUGAGGUGGUCACUGAAGAGAGGAGGCAGUUGGCUGUUUUUCGCCCCGCUGCCUCUUCCUCUAGCCUGCCACUGCACUUUCAGCCUGAAGGAGCAUCUUUAUGUGCUGGGAGGCUGGACACCACAGAACCUACCAGAUGAAGAGCCAGAUAAGCUGAGUAACCGAGUGUUUCAGUUCGAUCCCGGUAAGGACAGAUGGACAGAGUGCGCCAGGAUGAAGUACUCGAGGUAUCGCUGUGGCACCGCUGUUCUCAAUGGAGAAAUCUACAUUUUAGGUGGCAUAGGGUGUGAUGGAGAAGAUCGAGGACAAUCACGUAGCUGUCUGAGCUCUGUAGAGAUCUACAACCCAGAAACAGACACUUGGAGGCCAGGACCGACUAUGCCUACAUCUCUGCUCUCCCUCAGAAACUACACCUCCAAUGUAGGAGCAGUUGAUGGCAAACUGUACCUCUGUGGAUACUACAAGGGGGCUAGCCGCCAUGAGAUCAUCACCAAGGAGAUUUUGGAACUGGACCCUACAGAGAAUGCAUGGGCAGUGGUAGAAAGACGUGCAGCAAUGCAAGACAGCUAUGAUGUCUGUCUGGUGGCUAAGCUCAAUCCUCGUGAUCUCCUUACAUCAUAAUUCAUCCUUUUAUGGUGAGGAGCAAAACACUGCUGGAGGUUCAGGGUGUAGCCUAUGUCCAACCUAACAUGAAUUACUGUGGGUUUGUUCAUUAAAAAACUAUUUGAGGUCAGACAUUUCUGAACAUGCUACAUAGUAAAAAUAAUAAUCUGUCGAUAGAAGAUGUCAUAUGUUCUUGUUCUGGUGGAAGGAUGUGCUUUUUUCUUUUAUUUAUAUGUCUCAGAUUUUAGUAUAUAGUGCAUAUUAGCAAAGGUGGGUCGUAACACACUACAUUUUGUUCCGCUUGGGUCGCAUUUUACUGCGCGGAUCGCUCUCCCAAGAUGCAGCAGGAACUCCGGAGGUAAGACGUGAAGGACAAUACUGCCAUCUAUAACAUCAAUAACAUAUACGGCUUUUAGAGAGUGCAGUGCACAACUGCGCACACAACAAGGAGACGAAGCAGAAGAAGAAUGAGGAAGAUACAGCCAUGGCGACGCCGACGACGAGUAAGAUGAAGAAAUACGCUUUGUUGCACCUUUCCUGCCUGAGUCCGGCGAUUAGUUGCAAAUCUUGCUUUAUUGAUUACUUGCACACAGCCAAUCCAACACAAAACAAACUAGUCCCGCCCGCACUCACGCUACCGCUCCCUCUCUGCUCUCGCCCACACACUCACUGACAUCACUCACCUCACAUGCUCACCUAUUAAAGGGCCACACACACACAUACGCUACUCUCAUAACAGCUUGUAAGUUCCAAGCCGCAGCUGCGAUUGGACCUGGAUAGCCUCCGGGAAGAAGUAGUGGACUACCAAGUGCUUGGCACUGAAGAUCUUCCUCAGGAAGCAAAGAUUGACCGGUUUUGGGCCAUACUAGUGAGUGAUGGAAGAUUCCAGACUCUAAUGCAUUUGAUGAAAGCACUUUUGUGCGUGCCACACAUCAAUGCAUCAUCAGAGAGGGUGUUCAGCAUGGUUAGAAAAAUAGUGACAGAGAAUAGAACAAGGAUGGACAAUUCAACCCUUAACUCAACAAUGAGUAGAUGAGUGUUA